GGUUAGACGAAUUAUAAUUAUCGCUUGUGUGGUUAGUAUAUUCUCUCUUUCGCGAAACGCAGAAUCGACAUUUUGCGUUUACCUUCGACCGAUUGAAGACGAUAAAUCUGAGUAGAUCCAGGAAGAAAAAUAGUGUAGUAAAACGUCCAUUCAAAGCGGCAAGUGAUCUACUUAAGAACCUUCGUGUUUUUUGGCAACCAUUCUGCGAAGACGGUUUAAACUAACAGAUCAAGUAUUGCUUCAUUUUGUUAUCAUGCAUCGCAUAUAUAGCGCUCAAGUAAUUGGGCAAUAGUUUAAGUGGCAGUUGCAAGAGAGAGCUUUAGAAGUUCACGGACCGCCUGUCGUUUCUAGCGGACCGGCUAUUCUUUUCGCAAACGGUCUCCAGCGUCGAGACAAAUAGAACGCUGUUCGUUUUGAGUUCUGUUCGCUACCAAAGCUGCUCACGAUUCUGCCUGUAACAGUGAACGAUUGGGUUAGGAAAAAGUGUAGAUUUGAAAGCGGAGAAGUGAAAAAAGUUAGCAGCGACAGAAAGAGUAGGUGACCUGUGGGAUAAUCUAAUUUGAAACAAGCAAUUUGAAGCGGAACGAAACAACAGACUUCUGCGAAACUAUUUUGCCUAUGUAUGAGUAACUCGGUGGCAUAGAUAAAAACAAAUAAGGUGCCUGUAAAUCAAAGAAGCUGCUACCAAGAUGAAUAGUACCAUCAGCAAUGGUACAAAUGUUACUAAUAUCACCAGCACAGUCGCAGCUAUUCUUACCACCACCAUCAAUAACAUCACCACUGAAAUGACAACGACCAUCAUCAGCAAUAAUACGACUGCUACCCCGAUGAACAACGCCACAAAUACAACAGUUUCGGGUCCAACGACAAGCAAUAACGGCACAAAUCCUCCUGUACCUGGGGCACCGCCAAGCCCACCAGCUUUCCCUGUCUGGAUUAAGGUUGGUUUGGUAAUAGUCGGAGUGCUAACAAUAUUCGGCAACGGGCUUGUGAUAUAUUUAAUUGCUACAAGACAUCGCUUACGUACCAAAACGAAUUUCAUGGUCGUUUCUCUAGCCGUAUCAGAUCUUUUGGUAGGAACAUGCAUAAUUCCAUCGUUUUUGGCGUGCAUGUACGUCACAUGUGACAAUCUUCUUGCAAAACUGUUCUACGAUGCGUUCCUGUUUGUAUCUGUCUGCAACCUCUGUUGCAUAACGUUCGAUAGGUUUUUAGCAGUUACAAGACCACUCAGGUACCACAUGAAAAUCACUCGUAAAUCUGUUAUAGCUAUGAUUAUGUUUAGUUGGAUCGUACCAAGUAUUGCAUCCCUAGUUCCUGUGGCAUGGCUCUAUACGGACACAAGCAUCGAAAAUCAAAUGGAAGAUAACAAGAUCUUCUACACCUUACAAGUUGUAUUAUUCAUGUUCUUUCCCUGUCUUAUAAUGUUGAUCGCAUAUGUGGUCAUUUUUAACAUUGCCUGGAAACAAACGCGACAUAUGAGACAAGUGAUGCGAAGUGUCAGCAAUGUUGGUACAGGACCAAGGUCGAACUCAAUUCCAACCUCAUCUACAAGGGAAGCAAAAGCAACCUUGAAAGUAUUUGGUACCGUUGUGGUAAUGUUUGUUGUCUGUUGGAGUCUUUCGGCAUACAGAACCAUUGUAACACAGUACCAACUCAUGGACGUCCCUUGGGAUUUGACAAACGCCUCAAGGCUGCUGCUAGUAGCGAACAGCGCAAUAAAUCCAAUCAUUUAUGCACUAUGGAAAAAAGACGUAAAAAACGAGAUACGAAAACUCCUGAAACUUAACUCACAACUCGUGAGGCCUUCGUCGGCUACAUUCAGAUCUAGCCAAGACCUAAGUAGGUUCGACUCUACUUCAUCCAUGGCUGAGCAAAGACGAAGCCGCGCUAACUCAACACAAGAGCCUGCUUCAGUGGAAAAGGAAAAGAAAAAACUCCAGAGGCCUAAAGAUAAGCAACCGAAAAACGGUGUGAUCCCCCACGGUCUAACAAGAGUUGAAAGUGUACAAAUCAAAACAGUUGAAGACAAGGCUACCUCGACAAGACCUGGUGGCCCCAUGACCCUCGGAAUUGACAACUUGGCUGCUCACGUUGACGGAAUGGUGUGAGGAGUCUAUUUCAAUUUUCAAGCACUAAAAUCUAAGGUACUUGCUUGGAUAUAUCCCGGCAGUUAAACAACGUCGGAUUAUGGAAGAUCGGAUAUGGUGGUGAAACACUAGAACAAGUGAAGAUGCAUGAAUUCCUGUCGAUGUAAAACAUAUAAUCAAAUGGCCUGAAAUGGGAAUUCGCAUGAACCGGACGUGUGCUAUUGUUUAAACAGUGUAGGCCCCGUUAAAUACAUGCACAGAGCACAAAUAUCAAUAAUCCAAUUCACAAUUGGGGGUACUCAACUGAAUUCAGCAGACAAUUCCAGAAAUGGACAAAAAUAGAAUGCACAUUUAAGAAAAAAAACACUCUAGCUCGAAACUACAGUUCGGUUUCUCGACCGCUCAUUCCACCACUAUCUUUCCACAAUUAAAUUGUGGUAAGAAAUUCCGCGAACCUGGACUGUGAUUAUUUAAUCAACUGUGGUCAGUAUACUUAUGGUUUAACUAAUUUUAUACAA